UCAAGUUGGCUUCGGCCUGUAUUUUAUUAUUGUUUUCGUAUAUCAUUCACUCACCAGUCCACAUUCGUUGCUCUGGAUAGCACUUCCUAUAUAUUAAAAAAGAAAUUAUUCGCUCGUGCUAAGGUAAUGGCCAUCCUCGAAGGUGUGCGGUCGCUGCCAGCAGGAGGCAUUUAGACUCGUAUGCAGCUCUCUUUUCUCUUUACUCCAUUAAGUGUAUUGUGGCAGAUGUGUACGAAAGAACACGGGAAAGUAUUCUUUUGUAAGAGACUGAGUCAUUUGCAAUUCAGUAGGCAGUGUUUUGUGUUACGUUAGUGACGUACUGGUUACCGUAAAAAAAUGGCCUGGAUUGUGAUUUGUUCCGAGUAGGAUCUGAGAGAACUGGUUCUCAGAUUAAUUUACGCUCGGAAAUUUCGAAUGUGAUGAAAAAGCAAGAAAAAUGUGUAUGUGUGUGUCUGUGAGUGUUCGUGGCAGCGCGCUAGCGCAUGAAAUAGGCUCAAGACUAAUUUUGGAUAAUGACUUUUGUAACUGCUGUAACUGGCCAACAAAACAUUCCGAUGCCUCCUCGGCCUUCGAGCGGGCAGUCUGAUGGAAGUGGACCUACUCGUAUGAGUCAUUCACCGAUGGCAGCUCAGGGGAACUAUCAGCAACCAUUGGCUCCUCCAUCACAUCUGCAUGGAUAUAAACUUCCUGGCCAACAAAUGGGUCCUUAUGCGCCACAGGGUCAGCAGUAUCCUCAAGGUAGCUUCAACCAGAGGCCACCGGGACAGAUGGGCAGUGUGCAAUACACUCAGAGCUAUGGUCCAGGCAGUCAACAAAACCCACAGGCCAACAGUAUGAAUCCUGGGCAGUAUAGCAGUCGUGCAGUGCCAAAUCAUGUACCACAUCCACAGUUUGGUGGAUACCAGGGAUGGGGUGGACCAGGUUUGAAUCAGCCACCAAAUAUGAUGGGUGGCCCAGGAUCACAGAUGGUUGCAAAAAGUGGUGGGCCACAGUCUGGUGUCCCUACACAAGCUGCCAAUACUGGUUCUGGACCACGACCACAUACCCCUCCACAUUAUCUCAAGCAACAUCUCCAGCACAAGAUGGGAUUCAGCUCUUCUGUGCCUGGCAUGCCACCAUCACCAGCGGGUCUCCAGGGCUACGGCGGAGCUUCUGCUGCAGGUCUCGGACCUGGUCCCGGUAGUGGUCCUGCCUCACACCACCAUGGUGUUACUAGUAUGGGUCCUCCCACCCACCAUCCCGGGAUGGGACCACCACCUCCGAGCAUGGGACCUCCUCCGGGAAUGGCUCCACCACCAGUAUCGGGAGGGCCUGCUCCUCCGCCACCCGCAGCACCAUCUGUUGCUGCAGGUGCUCCAUCGCCGUUGCCUAAUAGCCAUCAUGAUGCCCCGAUGCCUCCGCCUGCACCUUCAGCAAAUUCUCAUCCAGCACCUGUCGAUGUUGCAGAACCUACCCAUGACAAUGGUCUCCCAGUUUCCACUGCGUCAACAUUGCAAUUAUCUGAAGUUACAGGCACAACAACGGUAAAUGUUACUGCUGCUGCCUCAGGCUCUGUGACUUCAGUAGUAACGACUGGUCCUGAUGGUACACCUCUGGAUGAAGGAUCACAGCAAUCAACUUUAUCCAAUGCUUCGGCAGCAUCAGGUGAGGAUCCGAGCUGCACACCAAAAUCUCGUAAGGACGGAUCAGUGGUUGGAAACUCUGGAGGCUAUCAUAGUCAUCCCCCAACACCACAAAGCACAGUGGCAUCACCUGGUGCGGCAAGUCUCAAUUCAAUGCAUGAAGAGUAUGGUGAUGUCAAUAGUCCCAGUUGGCCCAGAACGCCUGCCAGCCCUAUAACUAACACUCAUGAUCAUUACAUAUGUUAUGUGACACAGAAACCAGACAGCCUGUGCAAACUGUAUGAGAUGGAUGAGAACCACGAGCGACGCAUGUGGCUUGACAAACUGCUGCAGUUCAUGGAGGAGCGUGGAACACCUAUCUCAGCAUGUCCCACCAUCUCCAAGAAUCCUCUCGAUCUCUAUCGGUUGUAUGCUUACGUCAAGGAAAGAGGGGGCUUCAUGGAGGUAUGCAAGGUCACAAAAAACAAAACCUGGAAAGACAUUGCAGGGCUUUUAGGCAUCGGAGCAUCUUCAAGUGCUGCAUAUACACUUCGGAAGCAUUACACGAAAAACCUUUUGGCCUUCGAAUGUCACUUUGACCGUGGAGGUAUAGACCCACAACCAAUUAUAAAUCAAGUGGAAUCUACUUCGAAGAAGAAGAUGACCAAGACAUCAUCAGUUCCAUCUCCAGGCUCAUCAAAUUCACAGGAUUCAUUUCCAGCAGCUGGUUCAAGUGGAGCAUCCAUGGAUGGAUACAGUUACGGUUACCCACCAGGAAGCACACCUGAUUACAGUUCUCCACCAAUGCAAAGGCCUUCCUCCCAAACAAAUGCCCCUUCGCCCCACCCGGGUGUGGGGGUGCCGACGCAAGGUGCGGGGGAUAACAUUAGCGUUUCCAACCCUUUUGACGACGUGGCGACUGGGCAGAGGCCCAAUCCUUACUGCCCUUCUGGAGGCCCCUCUCGUCCCCAAGGAAUUCAGCAAGGCUAUCAAGGCCAGUCCGGGUACUCUCAGUACCCGGAUCAGUAUCCCCAUAGUCGUGGACAACCAACGAAUAUGGGGCAGGAAUUCAAUCAGCAGUACUCUCCCAGCAGCUCAUAUCCACCUGCUCGGCCUAUGUAUCCUCCCUACGCUUCUGAGGCUGAAAGGAGUUAUGGACAAGGUAGUGGGACGCAGCAGUCGGCUGGUGGUCAAGAUCCCUUUGGACACAACCGGUACGGGGGGCCCAGCCAGCCACCUGGCUAUCCUUCACGUACUGGUUAUCCUGCUCCACCUACGGGACCACCAGCACAGCAACCCACAGGGUAUCCACCACAGCAAGACUAUUAUCGUCAAGAUCCGGUAUAUUCUGGUCAACAAGCAGCUACUGCAACUGGCCCAGGUGGUCAGAUGUAUCCUGGAAGCCCUCAUAGUAAAUCAAUGCCACCUCCAGCUCCACAGACCCCUAGAAGGCAUCCAGAUUUUGCAAAAGAUCCACAGCAGUCUCCCUAUCCACCAUAUAGUCAACAAAGGCCUUCUAUAUACGGCUGGAGUAGUGGUAACACUCAGUAUCGGGCACAGUACCCUCCACAAGGACCUGUUCCACAAGGGCCUCCACAGUGGAACCAAAAUGCUCAACGAGCUGGUGGUCCUGUGCCUGGUCAGCCAGCUAACAGCCAGUGGGACCAGCACCGCUACCAAGCUAGUGGACAGUCACCGUAUCAGCCUCCACAACAGGCACAGCAGCAGUGGGUUCCAAGUAUGCAGACUCCUGGUAUUAAUCAAAACUCACUCCUAAGGCCACCGAUGGUUAGCCCACGUGCUCCGUUCCGACCGGAAGGAAAGCCGUAUUCAAUGCAGCAACUACCGGGUUCAAAGGCGCAGCCACCUGGGAUGAAUAAUGCGCAGGUCUACCAACAACAGAGUGCCCCAAAGCGAGAGAUCGUUUUCCCUCCAGAAAGUGUGGAAGCAACAUUGCCUGUGUUGUAUAAACGCAAGCGGAUGACACGAGGGGAUGUAGCACCUGUAGAAGCAUGGAGGCUUAUGAUGAGUCUGCGCUCUGGCCUACUGGCAGAGAGUGCUUGGGCUCUGGAUAUUCUCAACAUCCUUUUGUUUGAUGAUACCACAGUUGCAUAUUUUGGACUAGCCCACAUGCCGGGACUCCUUGAUGUGCUGUUGGAGCAUUUCAGACGCAGUUUAGCUGACAUGUUUGACUCGCCUCUUCCAGAUUCUGGGAAGAAGUGGUUCCAGGCACCAAAGGUGGAAACACCGGAAGUGGACCUAGGGCAAGUUAGAGUGCCAGUUGAUCCUGCAGAUCACAUCACAUUAAUGAAAUCGACACCAAAUUAUACUCUUGUGACUAGAAAGGGUGAGGUAGUUCGAAUUGUGAACAAAGAUAAUGAGAUUUUUGUUGUGGAUAAUCGGAAGAGCUGGGACAUUGAAGGUGACUUGGCAGAAAACGAUGAUGUGGUUCAAGACCCGUGGCAGUUGACCUCUUCAGACAUCAGUUCGACGAAGUACAUUGUGUCAUGUUUCCAAGGAGAGUUCGGUAAUGUUCCAUUUGCGAGACUGCUCGAUGACAGUAAAACUGUAGGUGCCGAAGAGGAAGAAGAUUGUCGGACAAAAGUAAGUGAAGAAGAAUCGUAUCCCAUUGAAAACUUGAGUGUAACUCCUCCUAUAGUGCUAAAAGUGGAAUGUAGUGAUGACAACGGUGUUAUUGAUAGUUCGAGCAGUGCAUCUAAUGUGAUACUUAAUGAGGAACAUUUGAGUAAAGACAGCUCCUUCGUAGAUGUGCAAGAUAGUGAUGAAGUGAAACGGACUAAAACUAUUUUGAGUGAUGUGUUUUCGCGGAUAAAAACGGAAAAUACGGAAGAAAAUUCAUUGCUGCCUGAACACUGCGUAGACCCCUUAGAGCCUCCUAAAGAAACUGUAGAAGUGAAAAAGGAAGCAAACUGUGUCGAAAGUGAGAGCAGUAGUAAUAAUGAAAGGGAGUUGCCGCAUUCUCCAAGUGUACCAAAGGAUAUUGAAACAAAGAGUGAUAAUGCUGUAUCAGAAACUAGUGACACAAAUAAUUUUAGCAGCAGUAACAUAAAAACAGAACAUACAAACAACGACAAUAGUUCUAAUAGCAAUGAGAGUAGUAUAUUCAACAUAAGCAAAGGUGAUAACUGUAACAGCACAACACCGAAUGAAUCCAGUUGCGAUUAUAAGAUCAAAGAAGGUGUUGAAAGUGAAAUUAUUGCCAGUGAAGAAAACAGUGAAGGUAAUGAAAGUGCUGGAAAUGCUGUUGAAGGAACUAGCCUUAACAAUUGCGAAUGUUUAGAAAGCAAUGAAAGUAGUAAUGGCAACAACAGUUGUGACGAAACUGUAAAAGAACACGAAGAAACGGAAACAGAAAUGGAACAAGAUGUGUUCCUCGAAGGUUCUGAACAUGAAGGAAAAGACAUAAAAAUGGAAGAUGACUAUGGUGACGAAGUUGAAGAAAAGUCAAAAGUAACAGAUGUGAGACCAGAGAUAAAGGGAGAAAACAGGGGCGGCAUACAAAUAAGGGAUCCUGCGGGAACGUUGAAAAGAAGACGUAUGUCAGAUUAUGAAGACGAAUGUUACGCGAGAGAUGAAGCGAGCCUUUACCUUGUUACUGAUACACAGGAUGCAAAGGCAAGGCGUUGUGUUUGUCUUUCAAAUAUUUUGAGGAAUCUGACAUUUGUCCCGGGCAAUGAAGCAGAGUUUGCCAAAAAUGUUACAUUCCUUGGUUUGUUGGGGAAGCUUUUACUCUUACACCACGAACAUCCUCCUCGUGCACAGAAACAGCGCAAUUAUGACCGUGAAGAAGAUGCUGACUUUGCAGAUUCUUGUAGCAGUUUACAAGGUGAGGCGGAAUGGUGGUGGGACUUCUUGCACCAUGUGCGCGAAAAUGUGUUGGUGACAGCGGCUAAUAUUGCCGGUCAUAUGGACCUCGGUCAACAUCCUGAGGAAGUGUCGCGGCCCGUAAUUGAUGGACUUCUUCACUGGGCAGUUUGUCCAGCUGCUCAUGGUCAGGACCCAUUUCCAGGAUCUUCAGGCUCGUUGUCACCCCAGCGCCUCGCACUGGAAGCUCUGUGCAAAUUGUGCGUAACGGACUCUAAUGUAGAUCUGGUUGUAGCUACGCCACCCUACUCCCGUUUGGAACGUCUGUGUGCUGUGCUGACACGACUUCUGUGCCGUUCAGAAGAGCAAGUGCUACGAGAGUUUGCAGUGAAUAUGCUGCACUACCUGGCCGCUGCGGACAGUGGUGUGGCACGUACUGUUGCACUGCAGAGCCCAUGUGUGUCCUUGCUAGUAGCAUUCAUCGAGCAGGCGGAAGCUACUGCAUUAGGGGUAGCCAAUCAGCACGGUAUCGGUGCACUUAGAGACAAUCCAGAUGCUAUGGGAACCAGUCUGGAUAUGCUGAGGCGUGCGGCUGGUACAUUACUUCAUCUGGCACGACAUCCUGAAAACCGGCCGCUCUUCCUGCAGCAAGAACAGCGUCUGUUAUCCCUCGUCAUGAGCCAGAUCCUCGAUCAGCAAGUGGCAGCUGUAAUCUCCAGUGUUCUUUUCCAGUGCUCACGGCCCUCUUCGUAGCAUGCACAGCAGUUGUAGACAACUAAGUGGUGAAACUGGCACGGAUGUUUCCUUCUCUUGUGAUUUUUGCUGGAACAUAUUGUGAGAGGUGACUUUUGAGUCUGAAUGUAAUGAGGACUGAGUUUCCGGUUCAUCAGUCCUUUAUUCCUUUCUUUUAUGCCUUGCCGAAAUGGUGUUAGUUAAAUGUACAGUUAGUUAUGAGUGAAGUGGAAGUACAUGUUUGUUUACAGGAGGAAGUCGGCUGAUGUUGAUAUUAUGUACAAACAGUCAGACUGUCUUUGAUUAGAUUUAAUAGAUAUAAAUAAAUAAAUACAAAUAUAUAUAUAUAUAAUCUAUAUGUAUAUGUAUAUAUAUGUAUACUUAUACAUAUAACUAUACAUGAAAUAUAGAUACAGUAAAUACCAAACAGUUACGUAGUCUUGCAGCGAAACGGUUGCUACAGCAGUAACACGAGUGGGGCAGUAACUGAGAAUUACCAGAUGAGACUGAUGGUGCCACUUCCAGCAUUCACCAAUAUCUGUUACGAGUCGGAAAUUUAUUUUGUAUUUAUCAUCAGAUGUGGUUGGAUGUGAAUGAAUGUGGAAGUUCUGUUAUCUAGAGCUAUGUGUCGACUGUCUUAUUAGCGUAGGGCCAUUGCUACAAAUGCUGUUGAGGGACAGUGGAAUAAUAUUAAAUACCAGAAUACACAUUAAGUAAUCAUGCAUAUAGUUAAGUAAACUGAAUUAGAUUCUUUAGAAUACAACACAAAAUUGAGUCUAAGAAACAUGACUUGGAGUGCAGGAAGUUAAGGUGCCACCACUGCCGUGUUACUUGUGGAACAGGUGAAAGUAAGUGUGUCUAAUUAUUUACUUUGAUGUGUGGAAGUGACGUGGGGUGUAACAUAAUUGAGAAAAGAUUGUUAUAAACAUUUUCUUUCUAAACACGCCCUUGAAAUCUGUUCAUUGAUACCCAUUGGAUAAAAAAUGUAUAGCCCAUUUUAUCCUACUGAUGGCUGAUUUUCAUCCCUCAUACUAAGACCUCUUGUGGUCAUGCUAAGUACCUUUCCCUUUCCUUACUUUCAUAUUGGUAUUACUGUGCAAAUGCUUUAUAUAUGUCUGAACAAGUCAGAAAUAAAUGUACAUAAGGAGUACUAA